AUGUUAAAGCUUUCAAGUACCGGAUCAAUCUCAUUCUCGGUCACAUGUAUGUCUGUAAUGAGAACUCGAGAAACUGGCAACCACGGGUAUCGAUUAUCGAUAAACAAAUAAAUGACCACACAGGGAGAAAGAACUUUUGCAACCACCAUUUUUGCACAGCCUUUGAUCGAGUUGUCGUUGUCGUUGUCACUUGGUGGCGCCCACACAAAGUUUAAAAGUCUCCCACAAAUUAUCAGCUGCACCUUGUUGCUACUACCCAGCUUUCUUCCAAGUCGUUUCUCCAACCAAUAUCAUACCCCUCGUCUCCCUAGCAACAGCCUAAACUUUGGUUAGUGCCCUAAGAGAAGCCAAGAUUCCGCCGUGAUUGAUACUUCCAAUAAAAGCUGCCCAAACACCAGCAUACUUAUGACCUUAUCAGACAAGAAAGGGGUCGGAAUGACCGUACCUCCCACCAACAAGAGCCAAAGCCAACACCAUCUGCAGGUGGAGGAUGAAGUGGAUGUCGAUUCCUUAAUGAUGGAUCUCGAACAACCCGAAAAGUCUCCAGCAGAAGGGUUUGCCAUGGCCAGAUCAUCGUCUUUCACCGUCGCCAGUGGGGUUUCUACCAUCAUGGAAUCGCUGACCCCCAAGGAUCUUGACAUGUUGGCGCACCUUCUCAAGCCAAAAAUGCUGGCUCAGAGUCAAAACAAACAGAAUCUGGAGGAAUGUGCAUUGCCAACAAUGAAUUCGGCCAGUGACGAGGACGAGAAGGAUGACUCGGAGUGGCAUAAUCCCUACAGUGAAAGUACCUACUCUCUCUUCUACUUGUGCAGUGCCGAUAGCUUGGCAUUCUGGUAUGCCAUCUUUGUCUAUGUCAUCCAGAUCGCAACUAUUCUGCUGACAUUGAUUGACAUUGUUGACUGGAGUGGAAAUAGACUCAACAUGCCACCCAAUGUUGACUUGAUUGUGACUAUUGCUCAAGGUGUCGCCCUUUUCCAGGCCUUGGCAUUUCAAUCAGACCUCCUUGAAGUUGUCGCAAAAUUUAAGGAUGGCUUCCAUCCAGAGGUGCUCGAAAAACAUCCUGGAGCAACCUAUGCUACUUGGCUUCUGUCUUGUAUUGCUCAGCUCAUGGCUGGCCUUCUCCUACUUUUGACCAUCUACAUCUUGACCAUGCAAGUUGACAGUGUAUUGGGAAUCAUGCUCAAUUUUGCAGCACUUCACUUCAUGGCAGACAUCGACAAUGUGGCAUUCGACCUCGCCAAGGCAGGCUUCAUGGGAAACAGGCUCCAGAGUGCUGCCAAUGAUGUGGCCGACUUCCAAGUCCGCAAGCCAUCAGAAGAGCAAGGGUUUCUACAACGUUCGUGGAAGGCUGGGGUCUUUCUUUCGAUCCUUGUUGUUAUGGUGGCUGGAUGGAUUACUAUUGUGGUCUUUCGGACAUCAGGCAAAUACAUGUGCAACAGCAUCAUUGUGAAUAUGGGAGAUACUUUUGUUCCCUCCCUUGGCACAUUUAACGGCCUUUAUGAUUUGGAUUUCUCAACUGGGUCCGGGCUAGAGUGGCGAGCGGAGUACGUGGAGAGACGCUCUGUGGAAAUUGACACGCCUGGUAGAGGUGUCUUUGGGUACUGCAAUCACAUCAAUGCUUGGACAUUUCGGGUGCAACCAAAGGACAAUCAGAAUGAUUCAGGUCCUUGUGACUGGAUUGCCAGGUCUUCCGAAACAGACACCUAUGAUAUCACAGAGACUGGGAGAAUCCAGUGGUUUGCCCGUGAUGAAACACACCGCGAAGUGGUGCUGGAGCCAUUUAGCCUCUUUUGCUUUGACUGCUCCAACGAGGAUGCCGAAGGAAGCGAUGACUGUGGCGGCAAAGGAACCUGCAGCAAUGCUGUCUGUGACUGUGAGGAUGGAUGGUAUGGGCUGAGAUGCGAGUUUGUACACCCCUGCUCUUGGAUUGACCUUGAUGCUCGGACUGAUAAGUUUGCCAGUACUAGGGAUUGGGCAAGUGGCUACCAGUCCAUUGAUUUGGGCAAUGGCUCACUGGUGGAAGCAUACCACCGACCAGUCUACAUCCAUGAGUAUGAGAGUGGCGAAUAUGAUGUGGUCAUGUUCACUGGUGGGCGUUGGGCUUUGACUUCUUCUGUUUUCUUGCCUCAUGCCGGAAGGAUCCCUUCCAAUGCUCUAUCUGAUGGCCAGGAUGAUGUUGGCUCUGAUAUUGGAAACUUCUUCAAGUACACCUUCCAUGGAUUCAAGGGAUUCUCUGCCAAUUUCUCUGUUGCCUUCUUCAGUGACUACAUGGAAAUGGGGACACACUGGAGCUCUAGCUCUCCAGUUGGAUUCUCAUGGUUCUUCGCUGAAGAAGCCAUAGCUGAUAACCAGAAUCAGGGAAUUGGGAAUGGCAUUUCUACUGAGUUUCUUUGUCACGUCUGUGAGGAGUCCUCAAACCCUUGCCUUUAUGAUGGCAAAUGUCUUGAAGGGGAAUGUGUGUGCUCCCUUGACUCUUUUGGAAGUCUUUGUGAAAUCCCACCCGUCCGCAAUGGACACUGCGACCCUUUCUUCAAUAUACCUGAGUUCAAAAUGGAUGGCGGGGAUUGCUGUGAAUCUACUUGUGUAAGCACAUCUCAGUAUGUUUGUGGGGCUGAAACAGAUGGCUAUGUCAACACAGGAUUCAACUACUGCAAGCAGGCAAAUGAUAAAUGGCAAAGCACUCUAUUGAAUGGAGAUGCCGGCUCCUAUUCUGGUUAUGCCGUGGAUCUUUCCAGGGGGUCCUUGGCUGUGUCGGAGCUGUUGCAGGACCGUGUCCGCAUCUAUGACAAGGUUGGGUCCUCCUGGGUCCUUCGAGAUACUAUCUUGGGGUCCCCAAACACAAGAUUUGGAACAGGAGUACUAGGCCUCUCUUCUGGACCCUUCAACGUGGCCAGCAACCCAAGCUUCAGAGCCCCCCUUACAGUUGCUGUCCAAGAUGGCUAUCGAACUCUUCGAAUCUACAGAUGCAACUUUCAUGGUUGUACACUUUCACAAGAGAUCCCACUGGUUUAUGACUUUGCUUUGUCCGACGAUGGUACAGUUCUUGGAACAUCUUUAUUUGUAUCUGGUCAGGCUCCCAAAGCUAUUCGGGUUUAUGAGGCGCAAGAAGGAUUAUUUGAGUUUCGAGCAGACUUAAAUGUUACAAGAAAUGGUACCCUGGCUGAUGUCCAUUCCUUGUCAUUGAGUGGAGAUGGUAGCAGAAUCGCUGUGCAAUCCCAAAUCAAAGGAAUACACCCAAUCACAAACUUCCCCGUUGUUAUUGAUGAAUACAUUGUGGUCAUGGCCUGGGAUGAGUUAAGUGGUGACUAUGAUGUUGAAACUGAGUUUCGGUUUGAGUCUCAUGUGAACAAUGUUCACAUGUCUAUUUCACUGGCAUGGAGUCGAGAUGGGAAUGUUCUUGGCUAUGGCUUGCCAGUGUGUUCGGACCGACAGCUUCAUAUCCAAGCACUCAAUGACGAAGGGGAGUGGGUGCCUCGGGCUUCCCCCACAACAAAUAUCACAGACUGCAUUGACAGUGAUCGCCCUUAUGUAAACAAUGCCUUGUCACUUUCAGGUGAUGGAUCAAUGAUCGCCUUCAGGGUUGGUACACUUGUUAGAGUUUUUGAGUGGCAAUCUGAAGCUGAAUCUUGGAAUGACGUGAGUAAUCCUUUUCCAUUGACCCAUUACCCAGUUUCCAUGUCUUCAAGUGGAAGGGAGCUGGCUGUCGGAACUCCUCAAGAUGGCAUUGGCGGAGUCACCACAGUUUACUCACUACCUGGAUCAAAGGAGUGCCCCACUGGCAUGUCACUCCUACGCCUAUCGCUGACCCUUGAUAGGCUCCCCAGAGAUGUUGUUUGGAAUCUUAUGGACAAUGUUACUGGUGCGAUUCUCUUUGAGCAAGAAACGUACCCAGAGGAAUAUGCCUUUGCAACAAUUGUUGAGGAGGUUUGCAUCCCAGCUGAUUCUUGCUACGCAUUUACAAUGUACAACAGGGAGGAGCAUGGCAUGCAAGCCCCUGGGCAAUUUGGCCUCUUCAUGGAUGGCGAAAAAGUUGUACAUGGAUCCUUUGAUGGCCUCUUUGUGAAGGAAUACUUUGGGAACUGUUUAUCUUGCCCUGCUGGUACUGAGAGGCUUAGCAUCAUGAUGCUUGCAUGCGAACAGAUACCAUGGGCACUGGGCAAGUUCAUUGAAGCCAAGAAUGAGACGGACUCCUCAAGCACAGACUCAUCAAGCAGCAACUCUUCGAGCACAGACUCCUCGAGCGAUUCAGAGGAUGAAAUGGAGGUCCCAUCAGUCUGUAGUGAACGUUUUGACUCGGAGGACUGUUCCAAUUGGAUUUCCUAUGAAACAUGCUUGGACCCAACAGAGUGCUACGCAUUCCAAUUCCUUUCUAAUCUUCAAGCCCUUGUUGAAAUUGUGUUUGGGGAGCAAACAGAAAGACCAAGUUUGCAAGUGGUGUGUGGAAUGUAUACAACUGCUGUUGGGAAUGCAGAGAAGUGCUGGACAGAAAAUGCCACAACCGUUCAUUUCCAAAAUGACACUUUGGAUUUCCAAGAAUAAUACAUAAACAUUUAUGAUUUUUUGACG